GUUAAGGAAACGUAACAAACAAUAUCUUGAAAUCAAACAUGACAAAACUGUUAUCAUUUUUUUGUGUUUUUACAUUUGUGUCAACCGUGCAUUCUAAGGUAUGGUUUCCCGUUUUUGUAGCCUUUGAAAAGAAUGGACAGUCAGUAUAUGAUUCUUGGAGAACCCCAUCGUUGUGUAAUGAAUUACCAACCAUACUCAAAACAACAGGCAGAGGAAAACAUUUGCGUAACCAUGUUAUUGAUCACUGGACAGAAAUGAACAUCAACAUGGUUAAAGUUGAACUCUACCAAAAGAAUGAACAGGUAGUUUGGAUGACAUUUAAUGCAAAAAAUUCAAAUAACCUGAACUGGUUUUCCAAAAAAAACUUGUAUCGAAGCAGUUUUUGGGAUCUAUCACGUUGGCGUACAACGAACUUUUUCUCUGCUGAAGGACAUUUCAUUAAAAAUCACGUAACGAGGAGGUUUUUUAUAAAUGAAAAAUAUGACAGUUGUCCGGGUGAUUCUGGUUGGUUUUGUAUAGAGGAAAAACAUGACGUCUGUAAGUGGGGUCAGUUCAGCAGAUAUCCAGUAUUCAUGUACACUAAACAAGGACACAACUGGACUACAGAUGCUGCUACUGCCGAUACCUUAGUCAUUUCUGUUUCUAUGGACUUAUAAUAGAAAAACGGUAUAUAAUAAAUAAAAUGUUAUUUCACUGAAA